AAACUUGGAUUAAUUGGAAUAAACACAUGGACAUGACAUUUCCAUAUUUUCAAUAAUUUUAAUUUAACUAUCGUCGAAAACUAUUUUAUAUUUUAUUACAAUGACAGUAAACGAUUGGGGUUUUUGUGAUCUAUCGGUAGGUAAAGAAUAUGAUUUAAGUAAAUUAUACCUUUUUGAAAGACUUGGUUUUGAUACGAUCGCAAUCAACACCUUCUUUGAUGACUGUGAUGAGGAACCAAAAAAGAAAAAGAAGAAAGGCGACCCUAAAGAGAAGAAAGAUUGUUUUCCUCCACCGAUAGAUAUACCUAAAGAUUCAAGUAAAAACCUGAAUAUAUUACAAAGGAUCACGAUAGCGUUUUCUGAAACAAGUGUUGCUAUUAAGUUGAAUCAGUCUGAAAAUUUGAAAAGGUAUGACAUUGUAGCAGUUGUGCCUAAAACACUUCAGGCAUUUCAGUAUGCAUGCAGUACUUUAGAUGUAGAUAUUAUAACCUUUGACCCAGAAGGCAGAAUACCGUUUAAAGUGAGUCGUAAACUUUACCGACAAGCAAUAGAACGCGGUAUGUUUUUCGAGUUAAUGUAUUCUCCCGCGAUAAAAGAUUCAACAGCACGAAAAAAUAUAAUAAGUACAGCACACAAUUAUCAUGCUGUUGGAAAAUCAAAGGGUAUUAUCCUCACUAGCUGUGCCGAAAAUCAUUUGCAAAUAAGAAGUGUACAUGAUGUCAUAAACCUUGGAUUUAUUUUCGGACUCAACACUAAUGAGAGUUUAGAAGUGAUUAGGAAUAAUGCUCGGAAACUUAUCCUUAGAUCACGUGGAAGAAAAUUGGGCAAAUAUUAUUUAGAGGUUAAAGUUUUGGAUGGUGAGAAUAAAAAAAUGGAAGAAUGAA